CCACAAACCCGAGAAGAAAGAAUUCAAAAAGAAGAAGAACAUCAUCACCACCAGCCUUCAAAUAAAGCGAAAAAAGAGAGACCCAAAACCCACUUUACCUCAUCAAUAAAAGCACCCACCACCCUUAUAGAGCCCUCUUCAGAGACUUGAAAAGAGACAUAAACAUCAAGCUCACACACACACACACAUAAAACAUUAUGUCUUCUAUCGCCGAGCCGACGAUUUACCCGCAGUCGGUCCCGGCCGCGGCGGCGUCUCCGAGCCCCAGGGAGUCGUUCGGCCCGGUGUUCGUCGUGCUCGCCGUGAUCGCGGUGCUCGCGACCGUCGCCUGCGUCGUCGGGCGGCUCUGCGCCCGCCGAAUGUGCAAGCGCCAGGCGAAGCGUGAUCUGCCGCCGCGCGGGUCCUACGACGGGAGGCGAGAGGAGGCGAUGGAGAGCCCGAGGCCGAGGCCGCUGCCGCCGCUGCCCCGGGGAUUCCUCGCCGCCAAAGGCGACAUCGAAGACGGGUGCUACGAGAUCGUGUUUCCGGCGGCCAAACCUGUCAGAGAAAAACAAGCCAAAGAAGACAAAAAAUACGGCGGCGGCGGCGGCGGCGGCAAAAAUUAUACGAUGAAUUAUCCGGAAAUCGGAGGAAAGAAGAUUGGAGCAGUCGACUCCACCACAUUCAAGCAAGCAAAACCAAGUACAUGA